ACGUCGUUCUGCAAUGCAUUUCUAGCCUCUCGGGACAAGUGAAAAGUGGCUUUUACGGUAAAAUCGACUAAUCCAAAGGGAAGAAAUCGAAGGACCUAGAAAUCAAAUCGAAAUUUGCGUGAAAAAGUGCUGAUAAGUGCGAGAAAAAUUGAGUUCGAAAUUUUUUCAGCUCUGUUGCGUGUUGGAAAGAACAAAAUGUCCUUACAUUCGCGUGUCUGAUACCUCUAUAAAGCAAUGGUGGCCAGCAGCGACAGCGGUGUAUGAGAAAACGACGUCGAACCAGUUUUACUGGAACGCGAAAAUUCUGGUUUUCCUUGCAGGAAUAAAAAAUUGUGAUGGGAAAAGUGAGUUAUGUUAGAUCCUGCCUAAUUCUGGAACCGAAGUCAGUGUCGAAUUGCUGAAUUUUCAGCCGUGAACAAAAUAAAAUUUUUUCGUGUAGCCUCAAUCGAUCCACAUCAGCAGUUUUUUGCCACGGCAGAUAGCACGGCAUCGCACCUCGAUUGCGUUGGGCGGAUAGGUGCCAACGAGUUUUUAUUACCGUUGGCAACAAGUUAAGGCGUCUCAUGAGGUGUUCCAUCGGAUUCGUCAAAAAACAAUUCGGAGCGAAUACUUCCCAUUGGAUUUUCAUUUUGUUUAUGGGAAAGCCCUUGAGCAUUUCAUCGUGAAGCAGGUUCCGAUACUGGUUAAUAGAUAUUGUCAUUUGUCGUCUGGAGCGGGCUGUUGUCGUUGUUAUCAUCUAAUUUAUCUGUGAUAUUGUUACUCGAUUCAUUUGACGUAACGAGUAUUCAUAUGAGGGAUCUGACUCCGUCCUCAAAGGGUGAAGGUGCUACAUCCCUCUUCGGCCAACGGUCAACAAAGCGAUACAGUUGAAGUUUAGUUCGUAAUUCGCCAAGUUGAAGCAACAGGAAAAUUCUGUUUGUUGUAAUCAGAUGAACAUUAUAACAACUGCAUGAGUGACAGCAGCCAAAGGCUUCACGUAUGUGCGUGUCGACGGCAUUGCGUUGUGGAACACAGAAGAUUUACCAGUGUGUGCUCAUGUGAAUAAAUUAGGAAUACUAGAAUCGAACCUUGUGCCAGCAGAUGGUCAUCUUCCACAUGCAUGACUGACAGAAGCUUGAACACUGAAGUUAGAACACGUAAACUACAAUCACAGUUUAAAUAUAUAUAACAAAAAUGCAAUAAUAUACCGAAAUAUUUAAAUGAAAUUGUCAGUUUUAAUACAACAUAGUGUGGAAACAAAUAUUACUUAUUUGUAAGUGAAUAACGAUAUAAUCUAUCCCACGUGAAUAUCUACAUUGAACUUUAAAUUUCAACUACAAGCAAAGUGCAUACCAAGUACCAAGAAUCUAUAUAUCUUCAAAGAAGAAAAGAAGCAAAUUUACGAAUCAAGUAAUUUUUUCUGUGAAAAGUGUAAACGCAAAUAUCUGUGAGUGAAAUGAGUUAAUUUACCGCAAACAGUGUUUCGAUUCUAACUAUCCACUACUAGCUGCUGCGGGUAGAUGAGUGUGUUAUCAACGUUUCGUCUGCUUUUAUCUGUGGUUUAAGCGUAAUCUAAAGCUAUAACAUAAGUACAGUACUAAAUUAAGUGAAGCAAGAACAUGUGAAUGAUAAUAAUUUCGACUUUAAACAAUGUGACUUUGAAGAUAAAGAAAAACUGUAAUCAAUAUUGUGUUCCACAUUAUCCGAAAAUUAAGAACAAAAAGCUUUAGAGAAAAGUGUUUAAUAAAAAACAAAACUCAGAGACUUAAUUAAUACUACACUGCAUCGCCGCAUCCAAAAUAGAGGAUACACUUUGGCGUCUCGAGAAGAAAAGACUGCUAACGACUGAAAAGGAUUGUGGUUAUUUUUGUAAACGAUAAAACAGACAGGCGUUCAGCAAUUUGUUGGCAGUUCCCGGGAGACGUGAUGUGAAACAACGUGAAAAAGCAGAACUGUUCCUAGAUACCAAUUUCGAGUGGUUUGAAAACAUUCCAAAUAACCGACUACAUUAUAGGCAAAGAACACACACGGGUGCAACUUUUGCGUGAGUUUAAACCAAAAGAAAGUUUAUCAAAAAGGAUAUCAUAACGUCUGUUCGCAACUACUCAAUCUGAUUCACGAACAAGUCUGAAUACGCUUCAAGAAGAAUAGUAUGAAGUUAAAAAAAUAGACAAAUGUGUGUAGACAAUUGUGUUUUUUUCUGUGGUGAACAAAGUCAACUGACGAAAUCGCAGUUGUGAAACCAGCUUAGUACAACCUAGGGAGAAUUUUCUAUCAAAACAUUAUCAUGGGUGCAAUAAUUAACGCGAUCACUGAUCGUCAGUCGUCUGAAUAUACCAUCAUUAUCAUAGAAAACUACAAUAAUAACAGUAACAACAACAACAACAACAAAAACAACAGCAGCCAUAAAGCGUUGGAAGUGAAUAAUUAUUACACUGUGAAUAUGAUAUGUGAUUUUAUUGAUUACCUGAUUAAACUUAAUGUUGAUCAUAGCUUAAGUGUAGAAAAAAUCGUUUUAUUACAACAUCAACAACAACACACAACAAAUGACCAAAACAUAGUUGAUAAGGCCAUUCUCCAUUCACUCGAAUGCGAUAACCAACUUGUGACGAAUGUACCAGCUACAGUUACGGUUACACAUAGCGAUAAGCGCAAAUCAUCUGAAUACACAUCAUUUGACGAGCUUUUGAGAUUAACUAAAUGGCAGCGAAAACUGGAAGCGUCAGGAAAGAAUUUUUCUGGUUUACUUCGUCUUUGUGGCGGAGGCGAAGGAUCAUUGAAUAAUGGAACAAGCGCUUGGGGCUCACCUCCGAGCAAUCCGAAUGCGGGUUCUUGGGGUGCUGUAGCUCCUCAACAACAGCAAGGCUGGGGUAACGCAGCACCUAAUAUGAACCAAAGACCAGAUAUUAAUAAAUCGAUGCAGCCUACUCAAGGAGCAGGAUCCGGUGGUGGACCUCUAGGUGGUCCGAACAGCAGUGGAAACAGCGGCUGGAAUCAAGUUGUCAAUCCCAAUAAACCACCACUUCAACCACCUCCUCAACAGCAGCAACAACAACCACAAGCACAACAGCCAAAUCAACCUCCCCCGUUAGGAAAUCCAGGUAACAGCACAAAUCAACCUCCAACAUCUCAACAACAAGCACAACAACAACAACCCUUGCCCGGUUCAGGUAGUAAUUCUCAAUUAGUGUCUCAACAAGGUAUCACUGCACAAAGUUCAUCAUCGAAACUUGAACACCUUAACUCUAUGCGUGAGGCAUUAUUCAGUCAGGAUGGCUGGGGUUGUCAGCAUGUUAAUCAAGACACGCAAUGGGAUGUUCCGGCAUCACCAGAACCAGUUAAAGAUGCGCUCAAAACUAAUAUAAACAAUGGGACUGAACUUUGGGAAACAAACUUACGUAACGGAGGACAACCGACUCAACAACCUACCCAAAAGACACCAUGGGGUCCAUCUACCAACAUAGGUGGAACAUGGGGCGUCGAUGAUGAUAGCAAUGCUGAAAACAAUAGUGUUUGGACAGGAGGCGCGGCUGGUGGAGCGAAUCCUCCGGUGUCCGGACAACCAGGGUGGAAUCAAAAUAAUAAUACUGUAUGGCCACCGAAUGUUGCAAAUGCACCGCCGAAAAAAGAACCAGAAUGGACCAAUAAUGUUGGUGUAGGUGGGCCGGGAGGAAACAAUUGGGAAAGCCGUGGAGCUGCAGCUCCACCACCGCCGCAUAUCCCCACUCCUCAGUUAGAUAUGAGCAACGUUGAUUUGCGAAAUAUGCGCCCACCAGGGAAUAUUGAGCCCAGUCGCGAAUUCAGAGGGGAUCCUCGUGGAAUUUCGGGCCGCCUAAAUGGUAGUUCUGGAAUGUGGGAUCAACACCAAAUACCCAAUACACCGCUUAAUAAAAUGCCUCCACAAGCGCCAAUGCUCAAUCCCCCUGGUGGCAACCAAUGGCCAGUUGGCGCUGGAGGGCCACAAAACAUUCCCCCAGCUAAACCACAAACUGGAUGGGAUGAAUCAUCACCACCAGCGAGCCGUCGUAAUAUGCCCAACUUAGAUGAUGGAACAACUCUCUGGGGUGGAUCAGGAAACACAAAUCGCUCUAGUGGUCCGGAUCCAAUGAUUCGUAGUGCCAGAAAUCCUCUUGGAGCAAAUUCUGGACCAAUUGGUGGUCCUGGCAAUCUCGGAGGUCCUCGACUUGGUGGACCUGCUGGAAAUCAAAUGAAAGCAGAUAACAUGUGGGGUCAUGGUGGGCCUAACUCGAUGGCCAGAAACACUUCCUGGGAUGAUACAGCAAAUAUUAACAAUUGGGAAGAGAAAGGACCAGGCCCGUUAGGAACAGGAACAGGCGGUGGAGGAUCAUCUUGGAAUGAAGGACCUAAUAAUCCUGCAACAUGGAAUGCAAAGAAACCGAUUAUUGGAGGCUCUAACGUUUGGCCUGAAUCGUCAGAUAUAAUGGGAGCAGCAGAUUGGACCACUGGUGUCGGUGUAGGAAAACCACCGAAUAAGCACAAUCCGCAAGACCUAAUUCGCAGCAGCAAGCAGUUUCGCAUUUUAUACGAAAUGGGUUUUAAAAAGGAGGACAUCGAACAAGCUCUCCGUCAGGCUAAUAUGAGCCUGGAGGAAGCUAUGGAAAUGCUGCAGCGUAAUAACGCCAACAAUAACAUGUCUGAUUGGAGACGCCAUGAUGAACAUCCGGUGAACUUCGAACCACCCUUUACCGGUGGCCGGUAUCCAGGUGGCGGUGGAGGAAGUGGUGUUAAUACAGGCCCGUCACUACAAUUUCAGCAGAACGCUCAAAACGGACCCAAUAAUAUGCCCGGUGGUAUGGGAGGUGGUAAUCCAAACUUGGCUAAUAUAAAUAGCCUCAACAAACCAUUGCAAAGCUACUUGAGUCAGGCUCCACCAUCUGGCCCAGGCCCCUUCAAUCAAGGUCCGAAUGGUGUUGGCGGCGGUGGAGGUGGUGGUAGCGGAGGAGUGGGUCAUGGAAAUGUGCUUGGUGGGGGAGGUUCGGGUCAAAAUCCAUCCGCCCAGCCAUCUACUCAACAAUUGCGCAUGCUUGUGCAACAAAUUCAGAUGGCUGUACAGGCCGGUUAUUUAAAUCAUCAAAUUCUUAACCAACCAUUGGCACCGCAGACAUUGUUCCUAUUAAACCAAUUACUGAAUAAUAUAAAGCAACUCCAAGUUACUCAGAAUAACCUUCGUGGUGGGGCUGGGGGCAACAAUCAAAUGUCCCUGAUACCCAAGAUAAAGCAACAAAUCGCCGGGUUGCAGAAUCAGAUUGCUACACAGCAAGCCAUUUAUGUAAAACAGCAACAACAACAGCAGCAGCACCAACAACAACAUGGUGGAGGUACAUCAAAUAUGGGCCACUUGGGAUCAAAUUUCCACAGAGAACCAAAUGACUUAACUACACUACAAAACAGCCUAUCGGAAAUAGGAUUGGGUAAGGAACCAACCGGUCCGUAUCAUCACGGUGGGGCCGGUGGAAAUGGUGCCGGUAGUGUUAAUGGCAAUGGUGCUGGUAGUGGCGGCUCUAAUAGCCAACAGUCUCGUUUGAAUCAGUGGAAGCUACCCGCUAUGGAGAAGGACACUGGGCAUGAUUUGACAGAUUUCUCCAGGGCUCCAGGGACUACCGCAAAAUCGACAUUAUCGACAACUGGUUCGACCAUGGCAGGGCUUGGUGGAUUGCAGGGUGAUAAUACAUGGUCAACUGGACGCGGCAGCAUCACUGAUGGAUGGCCAGAUUCGGCUGGAGAUACUAAUACCAAAGAUUGGCCAUCAAAUCAGGAGUCGUUCACUGAUCUGGUACCAGAAUUUGAACCAGGAAAACCGUGGAAGGGCACACAGAUGAAGAUUGAAGAGGAUCCCACUAUUACUCCUGGUAGUAUUGCCCGUAGCCCCAUUGCGUCUAUCUCGAUAGGAUCUGCCAAAGAUUCCGAUUUAUUUGCUACUAACAGUAAGCCGUCACCAACAGACUCCAUUAGUCUUUCAUCUUCAACCUGGAGCUUUAAUCCGAGUAACAAUAAUUUUUCGGGCUCCAUUUCGAAGAUUGGUGGCACCAAAAAUACUUGGUCCGAUUCUGGUUCUUCGGAUCUCUGGGGAACUGGAUUGAAUACCGGUAAUGGGGCAGGUAAAACUCCUCGUGGUCCUCCUCCAGGUUUAUCCGCAGGAAAAAAUGCUGGUGGUUUCACAUCUAACGGAUGGACUCAACGUCCCGGUCAAUCUACUAAUUGGCCUUCUGGUGGAGGCGGACCUGGAUGGUAUUCAACAUGGGUUCUUCUAAAGAAUCUCACUGCACAAAUUGACGGUUCAACAUUGCGCACAUUAUGCAUGCAACAUGGACCAUUGCAGAAUUUCCAUCUCUAUUUAAAUCACUCAAUCGCAUUGUGCAAAUAUAUGUCGCGUGAAGAGGCUAGCAAAGCUCAGCAAGCGCUGAAUAAUUGUGUGCUGGGCAAUACAACCAUCUGUGCUGAAUCAACAACUGAAAGUGAUGUGCAUGCCAUCUUGCAGCAUCUGGGUGUACCAGGUGCUAAUAAUAAUAAUAACAACAACAAUAAUAACAGCAUCAAUGUCGGUUCUGGUGUUGUUGGCGUUGCUAACAAUGGAAAUAAUGCACAACCGUGGCGCCCGGGAGCUCAGCAGUCGGUUGUUCGUACGACAGAUACCUGGGGCUCUGGCUGGCCAUCAUCUGGUGGCGGUUCCAACCUGUGGACGCCUCUUGAUGGUCCAACGGAACGAGGAACACCAUCCAACUUGAACUCAUUUCUACCGGAAAAUCUACUUGGUGGAGAGCUGAACUGAGUAACUAGAGCCAAGUGAGUAAAACUCAUCUAUCAUAAUUGAAAUAACGAUACAAAGUACGCGUUUAAUUUGCAAAGCGAUAUAAAUAUCAAUCGUGUCUGUUCAGAUCAAAUGCGCGUUCGUACUAUUAGGAUUUAUUGGUAAACCAUAGGUAUGUUGCGUGUUUCAAAAACAUGCUCAACAUCGCAGAAUCAACUUGACAUACACACAGGUCAUUGCUCCAAAGCGUGUACAAUAUCAGGAAUAGUGUAUGUGUAGUUCGUGUAAUGCGGAAUAACGAUAUUUUGUACAAUUUUAUUUUUGCUAAAUAUUUGGAUACAAUAGUUCUUAGACUAUUAGAGUAAAGAUGAGUAUUGAUAUAGCAACUAAGACUUUAUUACCUGAACUAUUUUUUGUUAUAAAUUUAUGUUUUAUACGAAUGCAUAUUUAAAUCAUUAUUUCACCAACGAAUCUGCUUAGUUAGUCCGAGAAUGAGUAUGCGAGUAAGCAUUAACAACAAACAAGAUCACAACUAUUGUCAUAAUGAUAGAAUUAUUACGUUUUUAUUUGGCAUUUUUACAUUUUAUCCAUAAAUGUUGUGAACACUAAACACGAAAGCACAGGGAAUCAUUAACAGCGAUCUCAAUGUCAAGGGGCCAACCGAAACAAAGCAACAACAAACACACACACACACACAUACAGAAGGCCACUCUUGUAAUAAAAGGCGCAAUUUCCGUGCGUGAAUACGAGUUGUGGUUGUGAUUUGCACUACUGGAGUCACAAUGAAACACCAGCUUUAGCCAAGGAGUAAAUCAUACACACGUGACCCACCUCACUAUCAUGCUAGUGGGAUAUCUAAAAACAGGGUCAUUUUGUUUUCUGGUUUUUGCUUAUAGUCACAUGUAACACAUAUCAAACUGGAGAUUGGAUUUGUUUCGAACUAUAGCUACUAUUGCGAUUGUAAAGUUGAGAUACCGUUAUCUCAAGGAUUUCGUUUUACCUUGGAUAUUUUUUACUGGGAUUGGUUAUUGUCGUAGAUUUGUUUUUUAGUUUGUAUUCAAUGCAUAUUGCAUUCCAUUGAACUGUGUUUCUUUCAACUAUUACAGAGUGGCGAAUAAUGUAAUUUAAAAGAAAUCAAAUAUUUGUACAUUUGCAACUAAUAGCUACUUAUCGAUAUUGAUAAUCCUAAAGCAAUAUAAUUAAUAAAACAUACAAACAAAAUCAAUACUAAAUGUAAAGGCGUAAGAACGGAAUGUUAUUUAUUUUUAGUAUAUAUAUGAAAAAUGAAAAAAAAAACAAAUAAAAAAUAAUCUAUGAAUCAUUGGCCAAAUAUGUGAUAAAACGCUUGGUUGAAAACCAAUCACUCAAACAGCCUUUAGUGUUUAAAGAUAUAUAUUAACAAUUGAAAAGUGCAGCAUUGUUUUCGUUUGUUUUACCUCUCUCUAUACACAGUAAAAAGUGACUAAUCAAAGCAUUAUUUUUUACAAUCUUUCGCUAUACUUCAAAUACAACUGGGUAAAUACGAGAUGCAGCUAGGUUGUAAGUGAACAAAUAACUAUUAAAGAGGGAAAAUCAAAAGUAUAUAUAUCUAUAUAAAUAUAUAUAUUUUUAUUGAUCGUAAUCGUAAAUGUGUAUUUGGAGCUAAGUACAUUCAGAACGGGAAUUAUAUAAGUAUUUAUCUCCAUAGUGAUUAAGAUUGAGCUAAAUGCGAUAAGCCAAACGUGAAAUGAGCAGAGUUAUCUUGCUGAAACUUGUAACAUACAUACAAAACAGAAGCAGUAAUUUCACUUGAAUAGAGGCAAACAUUCUUAGUUUAUAAGCAAAUAACACAAAUAUUUAUAUACACGAACCAUAUGAAUGGAACUAUUUAAAAAUCUCCAAUAUGUAGAAGAACUUUUUCCAGUGUUUUAGAUAUAGUGAAAGUGUGGAAUCAGUGUAAUAACUUCAAAUAUUUCACCAGGAAAAAAAAACUAUACUAACGAUUAGUAUAAGGGUACGGAAGGCCAUUGCGAAGAAGUUGGUUUUCACACUAGAAACGCGUCAUCGACGACGCGUUACUCUUCUCAUUCCAACAAAUCGAAAGAUAACAUUUUAUACCACUAUAAACACCCGACGAUGUGAAGUCAUGACAAUAUUAAAUAUCACGCAUUUGACGAUAAGUACGGACAGAAGUGUUAGGUGUGAGCAAGUCCUAUUCGAGAAUACAAUCCUGUCAGAUCGUUAACUUCUGACCCGUGAAACUGCGUGGAACAAACUAAUUAGUGGAACAACCCGUUUAGCACAGGUUAACGGAAGUCUCAAACAUUUUAACUUUCUGUAGAGGAAUUUCUAGUAGCGAACGUGAAAGUCAACCACUCCAGUGCAUGGAUUUAGUUUAUACUUGAGGGUAGGAUUUGCGCUGAUAUACAACCUGAGACAACAAUGAUUGCGAACAAUUUCGAACAAGAAAAUAAAGCAGAAGUAGAAAUGGACCACGUUGCAGGGAAGAUAAAUUGCGUUAUUCGGAAUUCUAGUCGUUCAUCAAGUAUUUUAUGUACUUUGAAUAAUAACAGUAGGUCUGGAAACUGGUAGAACUUUAAGGAUCUUAAUAUCUAUUGUUACCUACUAGAAGAUGCUGCCAAUACCUCGUUAUAGAUUUUGCUUGAAACUGGACUCUCUUCUCUACAUCGUGGUGCGUUUAAGAUGGCAAAGCUAAGAAUGACAAAAUUGACAGAUCAGCUUUAUACACGUCUGUGUGGAUGGAUAUAGCAAAAAAUCAAUUUUGCGUAGCUUACCAAUGUAGAUUGAAUAGAGGAUUAAGUUGUGGCAAUGUGAAAAAAUUCAUCACAUAUUACUCACGUAUAAACCUCUAUUGUUCUAAGCCAAUAAAAAAGCAGCUUAGAAUUAAAAUUCAAGGGUGCUCUCGUAGGGAAAUUGACCUGAUGGCGAAUGCCGCAUAUUGUUUUAGAAGGUACAUCGCAUGUCUGAUGACAUGACCAAAUUGGACAGUUAACCUAAUGCGAAUUACCAUGGGAUUCUCACGCAGCUCACAAGUACUGAGAAUUACAAUACAAAAUAUAAAUUAGACUAAGUUGGAAUUCGGCAAAUGCUGUGUUUAUUGAUUAAAUUUAAUACAUUUACGUAUCAGCCAUACAUCUUUCGUUACAUAGAUGACUUUUUUUGGUAGCCAAAAAUUCGAAAAUUCCCUAAACCAGUUUCACAGAACAAAGCAUAACAACAAAUUGUAAGUAGGUAUAAGAAAAUGUGGUGCAGGUUUGUUAGUCAUAUUGGGUUUCCCAUGAUAGGAAUUAAAAACGCAAACUCUUCCCUUACUGUACGGUUAAGUAGACUUGUGUGAUCAACAAAGUUCUUUUAGCUUAAUUAAGUACGUCUUAUGUUUAAUAGGUGAUAGGGAUAGCCUUCCGUUCGUUUCAUAAGUCCUAUACGUAAUAAACCGUACUAUCAUUAUCCUACAAUUAUAAUUUAUUUUUUAUUUCAGGUCAUAUUUAAUUGUUAUACUAGGACUAGAACCGUAUAAUUUAUGUUGUUAUUCCUAUGUAAAAUUAUUUUACCAGGUACGAUACUCCACUGUCAUAGCAUUCGCAAAAAAAGACUUAUAAAAUUAUUGAUUUAUUUCGGAGUUCAGCCGUAUUUUCCAAAAGCUUUAUAAUUGAAAACUGUUUUGGGAGAGUAGGAGAAACUGUUGGGUUUAUUAGCACACGAUUUUAGCUAUUUGUGAAAAUACUGAAAAUGAAAAUAAGUGAUACCGUAACAUUGUGUCUAUUCUGAUGCACAAGCAAUCGUGCGAGUAAUAUAAACUAGACUUGCAUUACAUCUCUUCGAGUAAAGGAUUACAGACAUUUUGAGUCCAUUAUGGUGGACAUGGACCAAACAUGGUGAACCAUUAUUAUUGUAGACUCUUUCAUAACAGAUAUCUAGCAUCAGUGAGCUUAAAUUUCUUGACCGGUUCUAAAGGACAGUAGAUUGUGAAAUUAAUUAUCGACAGCAUGAACCGCUCUGAAAAUCUGCGGUUCAUAUCUCGCAUCAACAUGUUGAUUUCUCAUGCUAUUUCAAAGCAAAAAGCUUGUCUCAGACAAGUGUGCUCUGUAUUUGACCAGGAUCCGCUUCUAGUUUUUCCGCCCUAUAAUUUUAAAAUUUUAAUUCUAUUCCUUUAGAAUGUUUGAAAAAUCUAAUAUUAAAUAUUAAAUGAAAUGAAAUUCACAAAUACUUGACAGUGUCUUUAAUAAUUAUCUUUAAUUUUAGUUGAAAUUCUCUAGUUUGUCCAAUGCAGAUUUAACUCUUCAAAGUGCUUUAAGAUAUUUUCAGUUGAUAUUAACUUCUGAGUCCAUACACAAACACUUAUUUGUUUUGAUCGAAUCUAUUCUGAUUGGAAUUUCAAUUUUGAAUUUUAUUCAGAAUAGAUAUUCAGCAGAAUUCAGAAUAGAUAUUCUGGUCCUAAUUGGAUUGAAUAACUCUUUGUCUGUUAUUCUUAGAGUGUUAGGUCAACUUCUAGUCAUUAUUCCUAGUCCAUUAUGAAGAAUUUCAUUUGCAAUGAACAUAGGUUACUAUAGCUUCUAAGGCUGUAUCGGUAGCCUCUCCCGUGAAAAUAAAUUACCUGAAUGAUAUUGUAUGGUACACGGAAUAAUAUAUUUCCAAACCAAAUAAAUAGUCAUAACUAUUACUCAAUGAUAGAAGCUUUCUCUUAAAUACCAAAGAAAGAUCUGUGUGUCAAAAUUCAUCGGAACUGAAAGACAAAAAAUGAAGCUGUUAUUUUCGAAGUUUUCAAGGAACAAUGCUGUCGAUACUCGCAUAAUAGUCCUAUUAAUUGCUUUUGGGGUAUUGUUUUAAAAUCGGAUAAUUUGUGGGAUAUUUUUCCUUCACAAAUAAAAAUAAUCUGAAAUACAUUUCAAUAUCUCCAAAUGUCGGUGGGCCAGAUUUAAUUUUUUGAUGACCAAGAUAUUUUAGUAAGGAUUUUAAUGGUGUGGUGCUCGUUUACGGCACGUGUCUUGGUUUAGCAGUUUUGGCCAGAUCAAGGCCAUGUUUUUAGUUUUCUCGAUAGGUACAAAGAAAUGUUAAACUUAAUAUCUUAGAAUUCUGCUGGGAUAAAGUUGAUCUUGUUUCACCAUAAGAAAGUAACUGGUUUAAAGCCUAACUAUAAUUCGGAAUCCUAACUGGGCGGAAUAGUUGCUGGGAAAUAACUAACUUUCAUCAUUUUCUAAUUAACCCCCUUAAGAAUUUGGUCGUCUGUAUGAUGCAAUACUUAGAUACAAUGUAGCGGUGUCACAUUCAUUUUCAUUCACUGUACUUAUGAUUAUUCAGAUAAACAUUUUUCCAAUGUAUCAAAACGUCUAGUCUCUCGCAUUUGGCGUAGUUUCAAAUUACAACGAAAAUUGACAUGUUUUGUGUUAGCUAAAAAUCACGACUAGAUAUAAUUCCAUUUACCUCUUGAAUUUUACCACAAAAUCAAUACUAUCAAAUCUCUCACAAGUAUGUUACUGUACUAAUAAAUUAAUGAAUCCCCCAAAAUGUUUGUACAUAACUACUAUGCUGCUCGAUCAUAUUUCAUUCAUAGCAAUUAAGUAUCACGAAAUAAUCAAAGUUGAACAUCUUCAAUCACAACGAAUGAUAAUACUUAUAAGCAUUACUACGUUUAGCGAGAAGAAAAUCCAUACCUGCAAACAAGGAAUAAUCAAAAGAACCGACAAAAAGCAAACAAAGUCAGCUAUAAGAAACCGGCAAUCGGUGUUCCUGAUACAGAACCGGCCUCCCCUAAUAAUAUAUUAAUGACGAUUUAAUGAAGCAAACCAAAGAAUUUGUGGAGUAACUCAAACUCAAUAAAUUACAUAUUUUAGAUAUAUCAUUUACUUGUUGUGCCUAGAUCCCAGAAAAAAAAUAAAAUUAAAAAUUUGUAUGAAUCAACCGGCGCAUUGGAAGAACAAAACUAAAACAUGACGGUAUACUUACAUAUCAUGAAUGCCAUUUUAACAUCGUUUUCUGUUCAGUAUUUAGAUACAAUCUUACUGGUUGACACUUACUCCAAAAUGCAUUUGUUUUUAGACUUCCUACAUUACCAAAAAGAAACAUCGUGAGAUAUCGCGAUCAGUACACUACCGUGUGCUAACGUAGCUGUAACGUAUAGUUUCGUAUUGCUAUAUUUAUUAUUGUGUUUGGUUUGGCCUAAAAACUCCGAAUACACCAACGUUCAAACGCGUGUAGUAGAACCUAACUCUCUCUAGAUUUGAGAUAGUAGUAAUGUAAUCCCAUGCAAUGGCUGUGAAACGUCCCUCGUCUCACCAUUCAUUUACGUAUUGCGCGGAAAAUAUGACUUGAGUUGGAAACUAAGCUUACCAACACUGAUAUGCACACUUUGCUAAAAGCUUAACGUCGAUAAUUUAAUUUUUAAUCAUAUCUGUAGCUGUUAGUUUGGUCCGGUCUGAAACCAUAAAGCACAAUGAGCGAUAAUGAGUCUUGUCUGAAAAUAAGAUGACCCAUUUUGAGAAAAAAAAUAACAAUUUUCUGUGAUCACAUCUUCCUUCUGACUAUUAUUACUUAUAUAAAAACACAUAAUACAUAAGAUGUUAAGCGGUGAAGUUAGUAAAAUAAGUGCACCUAAAACAUUUUAUUUUUACGCUCUUUUAGGUAAGCUACAGAAUUUGUUUAGUUAGUAUAUACUCAUUACUUUGGUAGGACGAUAGCAAUGAUAGACGAUAGUAGCGACAUCUCCGGAUUAUUUUCGGUGACGCAACACAUUUUAAAACGAACGUAGGAAAUGAUACAAUUUAGCCCAAGGUGAACAAACAACAAAUGUUACAAUCGAACAAGGGCCAAACUAUACUGUCAACGUGUUUCUUUCGGAUGGCAACUGCUGGUGGAUGCUUCGGCAGAGGAACUAAAAUUUCGUUUUCCAUAUUGUGCUCAUUAAGGCAAUGCAAAUUCAAUUUUCAAAUUUUAAACAAAUAUUUGGCAGCACUGCCAAAUUGGGAAUUAUUGAACAACUAGCUGACCCGACAAACUUCGUAUUGCCACAAAUUAACCUGUGUUGUACAUAAAUCAUGAAUCUCGGAUGAUCUUUGUCACUU